AUGGUGAAGCAAGGAUGGAAAGAGAGAGGACGUACACCUAUUUCACCGAAUCAAUCUCUGAUCUCAACUCCUCUAGCUGCAAAUGAGAUUGCGAUGACUCCACAUCAUGAGAUGACGAACAUACGCGAUCGAUCUUUGACUUUCCCGAUCUUCGACGUUCACAGUCCGUUCUUUCUUCACUCAGCUGAUCACCCAGGUCUAUCGAUUGUUACCCAUGUUUUAGAUGGAACGAAUUAUAAUAACUGGUCUAUUGCGAUGCAAAUGAGUUUGGAUGCGAAGAACAAAUUGAGUUUUGUUGAUGGAUCGCUUCCUAGGCCAGAUAUUGCUGAUAAUUUGUUCAAGAUUUGGAGUCGAUGUAACAAUAUGGUGAAGGCGUGGUUGUUGAAUGUAGUGAAUAAGGAGAUAUAUGGUAGUAUUAUGUACUAUGAGGAUGCAGUUGAGAUGUGGAAUGAUUUGUAUUUUAGGUUUCGAGUGAGUAAUCUUCCGAGGAAGUAUCAACUCGAACAAUCUAUCAUGACCUUGAAGCAGGAGAACCUUGAUCUGUCAACAUAUUACACGAAGAAGAAGAUGUUGUGGGUGCAGUUAGCGAACACAAGAACUACUACUGUGAAGCGUUGUAAUUGUGAUCAUGUCAAGGAGCUGGUAGAAGAAGUUGAGACGAGUAGGAUCAUUCAGUUUCUUAUGGGGCUUAAUAAGAGCUUUUUCAACAUUCGUGGACAAAUCUUGAACAUGAAACCAAGACCAUGA